CAUUUCUGCUAUAUUAUUCUUCUUUCUACUGCUUUUGUUCGCCCAGCGGCUUGUCCUGCGUGUUGCACUCGUCUCCCGCUAGAUCCGCCCUCCUUCCAACUCCUUUCAGCAAAAAUGGCUGACGAUCUAGAUGAUUGGGAGACGGCUGACAUUGAGUCAACCCUCUCCAAGCCGGCGCCAGCUCCUGCCAAGCCGGCGCAAACCUUUGAGACAAAGGGCGAGGCCAUCCGCGCAAAGAUCAAUGGCCCGGACAUGUCCCAGUUCGAGGACGAGGACGCCAACUUCUCCGCGCCCGUGGAGCACAGCGUGCCCGCGCCGCAGCCCAAGAAGAAGGAGGAGAAGAAGUUUCGGGAAGAGCGCAUCAACCCCGACGACGUGCCUCUCGACGACCCUGUGCUGGAGAAGCUUCGCCAGCAGAAGCUGGUAGAGCAGGCGGACUACGAGGCCGCGCGGGAGCUGUUCGGCGGCGUGUCCACUCUGAAGCCCCUGGAGAGCUACAUGCCCAAGACGCUCAAGGAGUUUGAGGACUUCGCCGCUGAGCUGGUGUCCCGCCACGUGGUCGAGCACGGGGAGAGCAAGCACUACAAGGCGUUCAUUAAGGCGCUCAUCAAGGCGGCAGUGGAGCCGCUGGGGUCAGAGGAAGUCAAGGACCUGGAGACCUGCCUGGCGGGCGUGCGCGCUGACAAGAUCAAGAAGAAGAAGGAGGAGGAGGACAAGAAGAAGGGCGGCAAGAAGAACCUCAACAUGGGCAAGAAGGGGUUGUCGGCGGGCCUGGACGACUACGUGUACGAGGAUAACCUGGACAACGAUGACGACUUCAUGUAAAUUGGCAGAGACAUGCGAUGACUUGACGGCAGCGGCGGCAUGACGUGACAUAUUAAACGGAGGGCGUGACGAGUGAGCGGCGCAGCGGAGGUGCUUGGAGCGGCAUAGAACCGGUCUGCGUGGCGGCAGGAGGGCACGCGGAGCGCACGUGCGGGAGCUGCGGAGUGGCCAGCGCCAGCGCGCAAAUUGGAUGCGUGCAGAUGCAUUACCAAACAGGCUUGCAGCGGGCAGCGGUGGCCAUUAGAGACAUUUAGGGUGUAGCAACGGGCGGUUGCUGGUAUGAGAGCAGGGAGGGUUGCGAGGAUAGGGAGACAGGACUGCCGGCUGGUAUUUGAGGGAAUGACUAUUAGAACGCAGCAGUUUUGAUCGCUUCACGUGACUAGAGCACGGCUGGGUGUGGAGUGUCAUGGCACGUGCAUCUGCGCUCGGCAGACGCCGGUUGCUGUCUGCAUGCGAAGGCUGAAGCAUUGGCAUUUGGGUCGGGUGAAGAGUCCUGAAAGCAGCGCGGUGAUGUGACGGACUUCCUGGUGUGCUGAUGGCUGUCAUGUACGCCGUGGCGAAUGCUCAGGCGGACGAUCAGGCAUGGGAUGGGGCCACCCACUGGGUACGCUAAGCACCUGAACUGCGCCUGUCGAGCUUGUAAGGCAGUGGCCAACGAGCCUUUGGGCCAUCCAUCCGCAUCGUUAUUGACGUGCUUUGCGAAACUAGUGCAAACGCAGACCAGAGCAUAAGGCGUAGUCGGCUUGCAGGCGACACGGGAGCAGGCCAGUCAGUAGCUCAAGCUAGCUCACAUGUUACCACGUAACCGACGAUGAACGCUGGGGACGUCCGGGCCCACGCUGGGGACGUCCGGGCCCACGACUGGCUGACAGAAAGGAGGCUAUGUACUGGGACGGCUGGUGUGGUCACCCGCAUCGUGUACGGUAUUUGUGUGCACACGUAGCUGACGGAGGCAGGGAUGCUGGACAGCUGGAGGCAGGGACGCAAGCCCGCUUCAGGUCAGGAAGACGACGCGUGCGCUGCUCAAGACAUGCUCAAUAC